CCUCCCCCUCCGUCACCCUCACAUUCCUCACCUCUGGGAUCUGAAACCCAUUGAUUCGACUCGCCAAAAUGAGAGAAAUUAUCAGUUUGAACGUUGGCCAGGCUGGUUGCCAAAUCGCCAACUCCUGCUGGGAGCUCUACUGUCUUGAGCACGGUAUUCAGCCCGACGGUUACUUGACUGAGGAGCGUAAGGCUCAGGACCCUGACCAUGGCUUCAGCACUUUCUUCUCCGAGACUGGCCAGGGCAAGUACGUUCCCCGUACCAUCUACGCCGAUCUCGAGCCCAACGUCGUCGAUGAGGUCCGUACCGGUACCUACCGCUCUCUUUUCCACCCCGAGAACAUGAUUACCGGCAAGGAGGAUGCCUCGAACAACUACGCCCGUGGUCACUACACCGUUGGCAAGGAGAUGAUCGACUCCGUUCUCGACAAGGUCCGCCGCGUGGCCGACAACUGUGCUGGUCUCCAGGGUUUCUUGGUCUUCCACUCGUUCGGUGGUGGUACUGGUUCUGGUUUCGGUGCUCUCUUGAUGGAGCGCCUGUCCGUUGACUACGGCAAGAAGUCGAAGCUGGAAUUCUGUGUCUACCCUGCCCCCCAGAACGCCACCUCCGUCGUUGAGCCCUACAACUCCAUCCUGACCACACACACCACCCUGGAGCACUCCGACUGCAGCUUCAUGGUCGACAACGAGGCCAUCUACGACAUCUGCCGCCGCAACUUGGGUGUUGAGCGCCCCAGCUUUGAGAACCUCAACCGCCUGAUUGCCCAGGUUGUCUCGUCCAUUACCGCAUCCCUGCGUUUCGAUGGCUCUCUCAACGUUGAUCUGAACGAGUUCCAGACCAACUUGGUGCCUUACCCUCGUAUUCACUUCCCUCUGGUUGCCUACUCCCCCGUCAUCGGUGCCUCCAAGGCCGCGCACGAGUCCAACAACGUUAGCGAGAUCACCAUGUCUUGCUUCGAGCCCAACAACCAGAUGGUCAAGUGUGACCCCCGUAACGGCAAGUACAUGGCUACCUGCCUGCUCUACCGUGGUGAUGUCGUCACCCAGGAUACCCACAAGGCUGUCAGCGCCCUCAAGACCAAGCGUACCAUCCAGUUUGUCGACUGGUGCCCGACUGGAUUCAAGAUUGGUAUCUGCUACCAGCCCCCUCGCCAGGUCCCCAACGGCGACCUUGCCAAGGUUGAUCGUGCCGUCUGCAUGCUCUCCAACACCACCGCCAUCGCCGAGGCCUGGUCUGCUCUCGACCACAAGUUCGACCUCAUGUACUCCAAGCGUGCCUUCGUUCACUGGUACGUUGGUGAGGGUAUGGAGGAAGGUGAAUUCUCCGAAGCCCGUGAGGACUUGGCUGCCUUGGAGCGUGACUACGAGGAGGUCGCCAGCGACUCCUUGGAGGAAGAGGAGGUUGAGCCCGAGUACUAGAUGGAGUGUGUUGUUUGGCAGGACCCACAGACGCCAUGACAUUCAAUGGUUCGCCCUGAUACCGUGGCUGCCAGUUCUCCUCCCGUUUGUUGGUUCCAUGUUGUGUUGGGUACAGGCGUUUUGCCAGCGCGGCUCUGGGUUCAUGCAAAUAGGAGAGAAAAUUGGCUUAGCACAAACUCUGUUUUCUUUUUUGUUCGAUAUAUUUUUAAUAUCCCCGAAGCAGCGAUGAAUUUACCGCUCGUUCACAUACGCAAAACUUCUUUUUUGAGAAUUAAAAUGGUUGUAAUUAAUAAAAAAGAGAGAGCUCGUACCUGGUCGAUCAUGAACCACUCUGUAGCUACGGCUAUCCUCAGAUGAGCAGCCAUUUUAUAUGUACAAGUCCAGAAACCGACAAUUGAAUAUAUGCAGCAAAAAGCGGC